CUUGUCACUUUCACCUUGACGAUUUGAGAUCGUGUCGCAUGUGGAUGCGGCACUUUCGUCAUCUUUCUCAAACUAUUGAAUUAAAUCCUUUAGUUUAACCGGCCUAUAAUCAAUUAAAUCGAAAUGGUUUUAGACCUAGAUCUAUUCAGGGCAGACAAAGAUGGAGACCCAGAUAAAAUUCGCGAGAACCAACGAAAACGUUUUAAAGAUGUGGCACUAGUGGAUACUGUGGUUGAACAAGAUACUCUCUGGAGAAAAUUGAGGCACGAUGCGGAUAAUUUUAAUAAACUCAAAAAUGUGUGCAGCAAAGAAAUUGGGCUUAAAAUGAAAAAUAAGGAACCGGUUGGUCCUGAAGACGACGCAGUGCCUUCUGAAGUGGCUGAUAACCUAAUAAAUCUCACAAGCGAACAAUUGAAACCACUCACUGUGAAUCAAAUAAAAAAGGUUAGAGUACUUAUUGAUGAAGCAAUAACAAAGAAUGAGCAAAGCCUAGUAACAGCAGAAAAAACUCGUUCAUCAGCUCUACGUGAGGUUGGUAACCAUCUACAUGCAUCUGUACCAGUUGAUGAUAAUGAAGACAAUAAUGCUGUGGAAAGGACAUAUGGUGAUUGUACCAUGAAGAAGAAAUACUCCCAUGUAGAUCUUAUUUGUAUGAUUGAUGGCAUGGAUGGAGAGAGGGGAGCAGCAGUAUCUGGUGGAAGGGGGUACUAUCUUAAGGGUCCUGCAGUAUUCCUAGAGCAGGCUUUAGUACAGCUCUCUCUUAGAAUGCUGUUGAAAUGUGGAUAUACUCCAUUAUACACACCCUUUUUUAUGAGAAAAGAGGUGAUGCAAGAAGUAGCUCAACUAGCUCAAUUUGAUGAGGAAUUGUAUAAGGUCAUUGGAAAAGGUUCAGAGAACAAAGGAGACAAUACUGUAGAUGAAAAAUAUCUCAUUGCCACAUCAGAACAACCCAUCGCUGCAUAUCAUAGAGAUGAGUGGCUUCCAGAAUCAGCUUUACCCAUCAAGUAUGCUGGUCUAUCAACUUGCUUCAGACAAGAGGCAGGUUCUCAUGGUCGCGAUACGCGCGGUAUUUUUAGAGUACAUCAAUUUGAAAAGGUGGAACAAUUUGUUCUAACAUCGCCACAUGACAACAAAUCAUGGGAGAUGAUGGAAGAGAUGAUCACCAAUGCUGAGAACUUCUACAAGACCUUGGGUAUACCAUAUAGGGUUGUGAACAUUGUGUCUGGUGCUCUCAAUCAUGCAGCUGCUAAGAAGCUGGACCUCGAGGCUUGGUUCCCAGGUUCCGCAGCCUUCAGGGAGUUGGUGUCUUGCAGUAAUUGUCUGGAGUACCAAGCUAGAAGGCUGCUUGUUCGAUAUGGACAAACGAAAAAAAUGAACGCAGCCACAGAAUAUGUGCACAUGCUGAACGCGACCAUGUGCGCCACCACGCGCGUCAUCUGCGCACUGCUUGAAGUGCACCAAACUGAUGACGGCAUUUUGGUACCGGAAGCAAUAAAAGCCUGGAUGCCGGAGCAGUAUCAAGAAUUGAUACCAUUUGUUAAACCUGCGCCGAUUGAUCUGGAAGCCGCCGCCGCAGCCAAGAAGGGAAAGAAGAAAUAAAAAACUAACAGCAAACGUACUCAUUCCUCGAAAGCAUUUUAUUUAUUAUCGCAAAGCUUGUUUUUUUAUAUUUUGAGACAUCAAUAAAUUUAUCAUGUGCCUGA